AUGAAUCAAUUUGGUGUAAUUGCCAGGCACUUUUCAAGUUCUUCGGCAGUUCAAAGUGCAAUUAAAAAUGUAACAGUUAUCGGCGGCGGUCUGAUGGGUGCGGGUAUUGCCCAGGUAGCUGCUCAAGCCGGUCAAAAUGUGACUCUUGUUGAUGUUAAUGCGGAUAUUUUGGCGAAAGCUCAGAAAUCCAUUGGCACUAACCUUGGUCGUGUCUCAAAAAAAAUUUAUAAAGAUAACCCUCAAGAGGCAGAAAAGUUUGUUACCGAGUCAUUGAACAGGAUUAAAACAGCAACAGAUCCCAUUAGUGCAUCACAGAUGGCAGACCUUGUAGUUGAAGCUAUUGUUGAAAAUAUUGAUGUAAAGCAUCAAUUAUUCCAGAAACUUGACCAAGUUGUACCAGACCAUACAAUUUUUGCAACAAACACAUCUUCCCUCUCAGUUAAUGAGAUUGCAUCUGUCGUUAAGAGGAAAGACAAAUUUGGCGGUCUACAUUUCUUUAACCCAGUGCCGGUUAUGAAGCUCUUAGAAGUUGUCCGUGGUUCUGAAACUUCUGAAAUGACAUACAAGAGCAUGAUGGACUGGGGGAAGGCGUUGGGAAAGACUUGCAUCACCUGCAAGGACACACCCGGAUUUGUUGUCAACAGGCUGCUCGUACCCUAUAUUGCUGAAUCUAUUAGGCUUUUUGAAAGAGGAGAUGCGUCUGCGCGUGACAUUGACAUCGCCAUGAAGUUAGGUGCUGGGUAUCCUAUGGGUCCUUUAGAGUUAGCAGACUAUGUGGGCCUGGAUACUAACAAGUUCAUCCUGGACGGCUGGCACAAAAAGUACCCAGAAGAGCAGCUGUUCAAGCCGAUCCCACUUCUGAAUAAAUUGGUAUCAGAGGGCAAACUGGGUGUGAAAACCGGCGAAGGUUUCUACAAAUAUGAAAAGAAA